CUGCCACGACGCAUCGGCAUCCUCGGCGGCACCUUUGAUCCUCCGCACCUGGGCCACCUGCUCAUCGCCGAAACAGCGCGGGUCGCGCUGGACCUGGAAUCCGUCAUGUUCCUGCCGGCCGGCGAACCCUGGCUCAAGUCGGGACAGCGCAUCACGCCGGCCGAGCAUCGCCUGCGUAUGGUGCAGUUGGCCGUGGCUGACAACCCCGACUUCUGCGUCUCCGACUGCGAGAUAAGGCGCAGCGGUCCCAGCUACACGGUAGAUACGCUGCGCGAGCUGCGAGAUGGCUUCCCGCUCGAUACCGAGCUGUAUUUCAUCGUCGGGUCGGACCUACUGGACCAGUUCCAUCGUUGGAAGGAACCGGAAGCCAUCCUGGAGCUGUGCAGCUUGGCGGUGAUCGAGCGGCCCGGGGGUCCCGAGGAAGGCGUCGCCGCGCUGCGGGGUCGGUUCCCCGACGCGCUGGAUGCCGGCGCGGUGGUGCCGGUGGCCGGGCCCCGGGUGGACUUCAGCGCGUCCGAACUGCGGCGGGUACUGGCAGCCGGCCAAUCCACCCGUUACCAGAUACCGGACGCGGUGGCGGCGUACAUAGCGCAGUACGAGUUGUAUAAGGCCGGGGACUGA